AUGCCCCACGCGAUAGAGGGCCUCGAGCCCGUCGCCAUCAUUGGCAUGGCCUGUAGGUUCCCAGGCGGAGCCAAUAGCCCCGAAGAACUGUGGCAGUUUCUCGCGGAUGGAAGGUCCGCAUGGUCAGAAAUACCGUCCGACCGAUACACGUGGAGGUCUUUCCACCAUCCACAUCCUGACGCCGAAGCUGCACACAAUCAAACAGGCGGUGGCUACAUAGACCGCGACCUCGCCGCCUUCGAUGCCGCCUUUUUCGGCAUCCCCGCUGCAGAAGCAAAUGGCCUCGAUCCCCAGCAGAGAAUCCACUUGGAGACGGCUUAUGAGGCGCUGGAGAACGCCGGUCUGCCGCUACACAGUGUGAGUGGCUCGAAGACGUCGGUGCAUGUAGCGACCGUGAGCCGUGACUACGACCGUAACGCCUAUCGAGAUCCACAGGACCUUGCGAAGUAUCAACUUACAGGUUGUGGAGAGGCAAUCACCUCUGGACGGGUUUCGUAUACCUUGGUGGGGCUCCAUCUCGCCGUGCAGGGGCUACGGUCGAGGGAGACGGAUAUGGCACUUGUGGGAGGUACGAACCUGCUGCUUUCGCCGGAUAUGACGAUCGCGAUGAGCAAGCUACAUAUGCUGAACGACGACGGCAAAUGCUACGCAUUCGAUAGCCGCGGCAAAGGGUAUGCACGAUCCGAAGGCGUGUCCACUAUUGUUCUCAAGCGGUUGUCCGAUGCCGUGAAAGAUGGAGAUCCUAUUCGCGCCAUCGUCCGAAAUACUGGAAUCAACCAAGACGGCAAGACAAAUGGAAUUAUGCUCCCCAACUCACAGGCACAAGAGGACCUCAUGCGAUCGUUACACUCGGAUGCUGGACUGGACCCGGGCCUGACUGCAUACGUCGAGGCUCAUGGCACAGGUACGCAAGCUGGAGAUAAUGCCGAGAUCAACUCGAUUUCCAAAGUGUUUUGCAACGGCGUCAAGAGGAGCCAGCCACUGUUUGUCGGGUCAAUCAAGGCCAAUCUGGGGCACUGCGAGAGUGCGAGCGGCUUAGCAGGGCUCAUAAAGACGGUUCUGGCGCUCGAAAAGGGUGCAAUUCCAGCUACACCAGGUGUGCUAAAAAUGAAGGAGGGGCUCGAUCUAAAGAGAAGGAACAUUCGGAUUCCCCAACAGCUAGAAGAGUGGCCAGCUCUGGGUGUGCGAAGGGCGGCCAUCAACUCGUUCGGCUACGGUGGAACAAAUGUAGCAGCCAUCUUGGACAGCUAUCAGCCCGCUGACGGAAGCAAUGGCAUCAAUGAUAUCAAUGGUAUCAAUGAUAUCAAUGGUAUCAAUGAUAUCAAUGGUAUCAAUGAUAUCAAUGGUAUCAAAGAGACCAACGGUAUCAACGGAACCAACGGUAUCAACGGAACCAACGGUAUCAACGGAACCAAUGGUGUCAGCGAAGCUAAUGGCGAAGGGACCCUCUUUGUCGUCUCCGCAAAGUCUUCCAAGUCCUUGAAGGGCAACCUCGAAAAUCUCAAGCGAUGGAUUGGCUCCCAACCUCAUGUCUCCUCAGACAAGCUCCGGCAACUCGCCUACACCCUCGCAGCCCGGCGCUCAAACUUCCCCCUUCGCACAAGCUUCCUUGCCAGCACACAAGAAGGCUUUCUGGCCGCUGCCUCGAAUGCAGCUGGCAGAAUACCUGAAAAAGCGACCAGCAAGCCCAAACUCACCUUGGUCUUCACUGGUCAGGGUGCGCAGUGGUACGCAAUGGGCCGUGAGCUUCUACACACACCCUCAAGCUUCGCAAAGUCGAUUAGGGAAUCAGAAAGGAUACUUAAAAGUCUGGGCGCUGAGUGGAACUUGAUCGAGGAGUUGAAACGCGGCCAGGACACGUCUCGUAUCAAUGAGAGUGAAAUAUCACAGCCUGCCACAACAGCGUUGCAAAUCGCGUUGGUCGAUCUACUAGACAAUUUCUCGGUUCGUCCAGAUUCUGUGAUCGGACAUUCUAGUGGCGAGAUUGCGGCUGCAUAUGCAGUCGGCGCGCUGUCGCAUGCUGCGGCUUUGUGCGCCUCGUUCCAUCGCAGCAAAGUCUCUCAGUUGGUGCAACAGGUAUUCAGCACACCUGGUGGCAUGCUAGUCACUACCCUGAGUGAAGCCGAUGCGUACCACUACAUCGAACGUGUUGGAAAGAACCGAUUAUCGCUUGCUUGCAUCAACAGUCCGAGCAGCACGACCAUCUCCGGCGACGAGGAUGCACUCGAGGAGAUGAAAUCUAUGCUAGAAGGCAAAAGCAUCAUGGCUAAGCGUCUUGCGGUUGACGUGGCAUAUCAUUCGCAUCACAUGAAGGCUGUGGCAGAUCAGUAUCUCAGUGCGCUCCACGAUUUGGAAAACUCCGAGGCUCGUGACGAUAUCCAGCUCUUCUCAUCUGUGACCGGUCAGCUGAAGACUUCUGGCUUCGGUCCUGAUUACUGGGUGCAGAAUCUCGUCUCAACUGUGCGUUUUUCAGAUGCCUUGAAGGCUUCCUGUGAGCAGCUACGCAAUGCGUCGGGCUCGAGAGUCACACCUCACGUAUACCUGGAAGUUGGGCCGCAUUCGGCACUCGCAGGACCAGCGAAGCAAACCCUGACUUCGGGACAGAACGAAGUCGAGUUCAAAUACGUAUCCGCUCUUGUCCGUGACAAGAAUGCAUACACAACCGUACUCAACCUUGCUGGCAAACUUUUUGAGUUCGAGCUGAACAUUGACAUUGAGGCGGUAAAUGACAUGAAAGGUGGCGCAAAGUCACGCAAUAUGCUCCUAGAUCUGCCUUCCUACGCAUGGGACUACUCAAAACGAUACUGGCACGAAUCGCGCCUGAGCAAGGAAUACCGUUUCCGAAAGUAUCCGUACCAUGACCUACUAGGCUUGAGGCUGAUUGGCAGCACGCCACUGGAGCCACUCUGGAGGAAUAUCCUUAGCGUCGAUUCACAGCCCUGGCUCUCGGAUCAUGUCAUUGAUGGUUUCGCCAUUCUUCCUGGCUCUAGUUUCGUCACUAUGGCCAUGGAAGCAGCGCGUCAGCUAAGCGACCAACAAGGUGCGCCCAAGAUCAAGCGGUUUCACUUGAGGAAAGUGAACUAUUUUAAGGCCAUCAUGAUUCCUGAAUCGCCCGGAAAGGUCGAGGUUAUGAUAAGCCUUUCAGCACCAAGCUCCAGCGUCGCCAAUUCACAAGAGUCGUCGGAGUGGGAGAGUUUUCGGAUCACGUCUUCGGCCGACGCGGGCACAUGGAGUCUGAACUGUGUGGGGCAGAUUCGUCUCGAAUACCAGUCUGUACUGAACGAGGUUGACGGAGGCCGUGAAGAAUUGCAAGCACUGUCCAAUCUGCGCGAGCGCCUUUCCCAGACUGACGGAGCCUGUACCCAGACGAUCGAGCACAUUGCGCUGUACCAGGAAAUGCGCCGCAAUGGCAUCGACUACGGCACUAACUUUGCGACCAUCAAAGAGCUACGAGUAGGCGAAUGUCAGGCGCUCGGGAAAGUCGUGAUCCCCGAUGUGGCACAAUGCAUGCCAUCUGGGUACCAACAGCCUCACACUAUCCACCCAGCAACAUUUGACGCUCUGAUGCACAUUGUUCUACCUUUGUACUUUCGACACUGCACUGUUGGCACGGCUAUGCUGACUUCCAUCGAGGAAAUUACUGUUACGGCCGAUAUGACGACACUGCCGGGCAGCCAUCUCGAUGUAUGUGCUGCCCUCUCUCCUCUGGGGCCCCGCUCCGGCACGGUCGACGUCGUCGCAUUCCAGAGAGACAGUAACGAAGUCACUCCAGUCGUCAUCCUAAGUGGUCAAAGGUUCCAGGGCAUCGCAACCAGCGCGGCAUCCGCGCCGGCAACAUACGUCUCACGUCCGUUGCACAAUGUCCAUGAGCCGCGCAAGAUGACCAUCGCAACGCCCGGAGUAGUGAACAGCCUGUGCUUUAUCGAGGAUGAAGCUGCCAGAGAUUCUCUGCAGCCGGACGAGGUUGAGAUCAAGGCUCUGGCAUUCGCCCUAAAUGCAGCCGAUGUCGACGUAAUCCUUGGUCGAGGUGGUGACUCUACCAGCAUUGGAGAGUGCGCCGGUAUCGUCACUGCGAUAGGGUCUGAUUCGAUGCAUUCUUUCCAAAUUGGUGAGCGGGUCUGCGCUUGGAACACCAGAGUUGCUUUUGCGAGUAGGACACGAGUCAAGAGCUCCUUUGUGGAGAAGAUUCCGAACUCAUGGUCAUUCAAGUUGGCCGCAGCUCUUCCGCAGAAUAUGUCGCUCGCUUAUCACGGCUUGCGUUACUGCGCCCGGGCUGAAUCCGGCCAGACUGUAUUAAUCAACAACGCGGGUGAUGCGCUCGGACAGGCUGUGGCUCUUGUGGCGAAUUUGCUUGGCCUACGGGUCCUGGCAACAGUCAAGACGAAAGCAGAAAAAGAUGCCUUGGAGACUUUUAGCGGUAUGCGCUCAGCUCAAAUUCUUUAUUCGAAGGAUGCUGCACUUUCAAAAGCUUUGCUGCGCUUGACCAAAGGUGCAGGUGUUGACGUAGUGUUCAACACCUCAUCAACAGCUUUCCCCGCCGACCUGGUCGCGUCAGUCAAGGCCUUCGGCUCAGUCAUUGAUGUUCACCAGCAGUCUGUUUCCUUCUCAUUCGCACAUCGCGCCGUCAAAUACGCCUCCUUCGAUGCGAGUCAGCUUCUCAGACAUCUUCCCUCCAUAGCAAGCUCGGCCUUCAAGACUGUUCUAUCGCUAUUACGGGAUGGCGACUUUGAUGGCUUGAUGCCUAUCAUUGCAGUACCCAUAUCCGAUGUUGCAUCGGCGUUCAAGGCUGUGCAAGGCCAAAAGAACGUCGGUAAAACGGUGUUACUAGCGGAAGAGGACGCGUUCGUCAAUGUAAAGGAAGCUGACGCCCCCCUUGCGCAUGUCGAACGCAUCAUCCGAGCUAUCAAAGAGCUCUCUGUGUCACAAGACGAAAAGGAAGCCUUGCUCGCCCUGAUCGAACAUCCUAAUGCCGCAGGGACAAUUGCAACGUCUACCGCUACGAGCAACAGUGCUUCCUCAUCAACGUUAAACAGGAGACUGAGUGCAGAGCAGCGCCUCGCUGCUGUUUCAAGCAUGCAGGAGGCACGAAUCAUCGUUCUUGAGGAGCAGAUCAGGACGAUAUCUUCCCUUGUAUCGGUCAACGUGGAGCAGCUCGACCCUCAAGAACCUCUCGCUGACCUUGGCCUUGACUCUCUGAUCGCGAUAGAGUUCAAAAACUGGCUCGGACGAAGUUUGGGAGCCGAUGUCAGGGUCCAUGAUAUUCUUGAUGCUGAUGGUCUCGAACCAUUGGCGGUUUUGGUGGCAGGAACGUCCAAGUUUGUUCCUGACGGUUUGCCAGAACAGUGCAGCAAGGCUUCGCUACCGAUACGCGUUUAA